CGCGCCACUGGAUUAGCCCGAUAACUCCUUCCCUCUGCCUCGCCGGUCUCUGGAGCGCGUAGCGUUCGGGCUCCGUUCCCUCGGGGAAAAAAAAAAAAAUCCAUCCAUCCACGCCGACGAAACCGAACAAAGAACCCUCGAACCAAAUCUCCUCGAAACCCUUGAUGAUCCUCUGAUGCGCAGGUACUCCUUCUCCCCUUCAUCUCUCCUUCGAUCCCUUCCCCGCCACCGAUCGAUCCACGCCUCCGGAGCCCUUCUCCAAUGGAGUCGCACCGAUAUCUCCAGGUCGGAGCUCCUCGACCGGCUCUGCCGGAUCCUGACCCUAGAGCGUUUCCACGCAGUCUCCAAGCUCUCCUUCGAGUUCUCCGACGACAUCCUCGACGCCGUCCUCGUCAGGCUCCGUCUGGAUCCUAGUGCCUGCCUGGGUUUCUUCAGAAUCGCGUCGAAGGAGCAGUUCUUCAGGCCCGAUGCCCGAUCUUAUUGCAAGAUUGUUCACAUCUUGUCCCGGGGGCGCAUGUUCGAUGAGACCAGAGGGUACUUGAAGGAUCUGGUGACUGUUUCCAGCGAUAGAUCAUCCGUUUCCUUUGUUUUUGAUGAGCUUGUGAGGGUUUAUAAGGAGUUCUCUUUCUCGACGACGGUCUUCGACAUGCUCCUGAAGGUCUACGCGGAGGGUGGGUUCGUAAAGGAGGCUCUUUUCGUUUUUGAUAACAUGGGCAAGCAUGGAUGCAAGCCUAGUUCUAGGUCUUGCAACAGUCUUCUGAGUAGUCUGGUUAAAUGCGGAGAGAAUCGCACAGCGGCUCAUGUAUUCGAACAGAUGGUCAGGGCAGGGAUUCUGCCGGAUGUUUUCACUCUGUCUAUCAUGGUUAAUGCUUAUUGCAAGGAUGGGAAGACCCAGAAAGCUUCGGAUUUUGUGGUCGAAAUGGAAAGGAAGGGCUUUGAGGUGAAUCUCGUGACUUACCAUUCGCUGAUCAAUGGCUACUGCAGUUUAGGACAGACGGAAGCGGCAUUGGAAGUUUUCAGGUCGAUGUCUGAAAGAGGUAUUUCACCGAAUGUUGUCACCUACACACUGUUGAUCAAGGGAUACUGCAAGGAAGGCAAGGUUCAGGAAGCGGAAAGAGUUCUUAGCAACAUGCAAGAGGUAGCCGGUUUAGCUGCUGAUGAAGUUGCUUAUGGUGUGCUGGUAAAUGCUUACUGCCAAAUGGGAAAAAUGGAUGAUGCGAUUAGGAUUCGAGAUGAGAUGUCUGGUAUGGGAAUAAAAGCAAACCUAGUCAUCUGUAAUGCCUUGAUCAAUGGAUAUUGCAAGCUGGGAAGAAUUGGUGAAGCAGAGAAAAUAGUGGAUGAGAUGGAGAAUUGGUAUCUGAAACCAGAUGCUUACAGUUACAAUACUCUCUUAGAUGGCUUUUGCAAGGAGGGUGUUAUGAGCAAGGCAUUUGAAAUUUGUGACAUGAUGCUUCAGAAAGGUAUUGAAGUGACGGUUCUAACCUAUAAUACCCUUUUCAAGGGUUUCUCUCAGGCCGGUGCCAUGGAUGAUGCCUUGAAGUUGUGGUUCUUAAUGCUGAAAAGGGGUGUGGCACCUAAUGAAAUUAGUUGCAGCACCAUGCUGGAUGGUUUUUUCAAAGCAGGUGAUAUUGAACGAGCCCUGAAUCUUUGGAAAGAUAUCCUACCUAGGGGGUGUGCAAAGAGUCAAAUCACAUACAAUACAGUGAUCAAUGGGUUGUGCAAGGUGGGGAAAAUGGUAGAAGCAGUGGAGAUUCUUAGGAAGAUGGUAGAUUGGGGUUGCUUCCCUGAUAGCUUGACUUAUAGGACGCUGAUUGAUGGUUACUGUAAAGUUGGUGACAUGCAGAAGGCUUUGAAUGUUAGGGAUGAGAUGGAAAAGUUAGGAUUCUCUCCUUCCAUUGAGAUGUUUAAUUCUCUCAUUACUGGACUCUUCAAGUCUAAGACAUCUGGCUUGGUCGAUGAUCUUCUUCUUAGCAUGCAAGAAAAGGGACUGGCUCCAAAUAUUGUGACUUAUGGAGCGUUGAUAGCUGGCUGGUGUAAAGAAGGAGUCAUGGAUAAAGCUUUCAUGGCUUAUUUUGAAAUGACAGGGAAGGGCUUAACUCCAAAUAUAUUCAUAUGCACUGCUCUUGUCAGUGGUCUCUAUCAUCAGGGUAACAUUGAUGAGGCAAAUUUGUUGUUGCAGGAAAUGGUAGAUAUCAGCAUGCUUCCCGAUUAUGGAGUUUUUAAUAAGUCUUCUGAUCACAGUGCAAACAAUCCCAGUAUGCAUAUAAUUGCAAAUCUCCUUGAUGAAACUACAAAAGUAAAUAUUCAGCCUAACAACAUCAUGUACAAUGUUGUCAUAUGUGGGCUUUGCAAGUCUGGAAGGAUUUUGGAUGCAAAGAUACUGUUCUCAAAUUUGCUUCAAAGGAGAUUUGUACCUGAUAAUUUUACUUAUUGCACUCUUAUUCAUGGCUUCUCAGCUUCAGGUAAUGUAGAUGAAGCUUUUGUAUUAAGGGAUGAGAUGCUGAAAAGGGGUCUUAUUCCAAAUAUUGUUACAUACAAUUCUCUCAUCAAUGGUCUCUGUAAAUCUGGGAAUUUAGAUAGAGCAGUCAAUCUUUUUUAUAAGCUGCACUCAAAAGGUGUAGCUCCUAAUGUUGUUACAUUCAAUACAUUGAUCGAUGGUUACUGCAAGGCUGGUAAAAUUACUGAAGCAUUCAAACUUAAGCAACAAAUGGUUGAGGAAGGCAUCAGUCCUAAUGUUGUGACCUAUACUACAUUGAUCAAUGGUCUCUGCAGUCAGGGGGAUACGGAAGCAGCCAUUAAAAUUCUUGAUCAAAUGGUUGAGAGUGGUGUGGACCCUAAUUAUGUGACAUAUUCUACGUUGGUCUGGCGUUAUAUCAGAUGUAUGGACAUGCAUCAGAUUUCAAAGCUAUAUGAAGAGAUGCAUAUCCGAGGCCUUUUUCCAGCUGUUGCCUUCAAAGGAAACAUGGGUCCUGCAGAACCCAUUGCUGUGAAAGGAACCAAACAUGACACUGUUAAAUUGUUUGAACAUAUUCAUGCAUAUUAAGAAGUUGGGUACAUCAUGAAUGAGAUUCAAACUAUGGAGUAUGAACAGAGUUUAUCUGCUCCAGUCUUGCCCAUUGCAUGGAAUUGGGCUGCUAAAGUCAUUCCGUUUCUGUUUAAGAAGUAAAUGCAAUUGGAAGUAUAUAGACAUUCCAUAUAUGUAUAAGUAUUCAAGUACUUGAAAGAUUGAUUACUUGCCAUAAUAUUUAGUGGAGUCAGGAAAUGCCGGAUCGAAUUUUGUUUACGUGGAUGUGUAGCUGACUUAUUCUAUCUGAGAACUGCAGCCAUAAUUGUUUAUUGUUUCCAGUUCAACUCAUUUAUGGACGGAGCUGGAACAUGAGUAGCGGCUUGUGGUGCUUCUCCAAAUCCCUAGAUUCUAAUUGUUUUGUUCAUAUGAGCCAUCAUGUUUCCCAAUGCUGGAAGAAUGGUGAAGAAAUCCUCAAAAUCCUGCAAAUGGGAUAAAAUUUGCUGGUUAUGGCUAUAUGAUUCUGUGUCAGUGCAAUCCCCAGUUGAACUGCCAAGGAGCAUUACAAACUGCAGCAGACUUUCAUUCUCAACAUCACCUGUUACAAAGCAUUGCCAACAACAGGCAUUGCCACUGACAUUCAAUUGCAUGUAUAGAAAGUACGAGUGAAUAGUGCUUCCAUUACUAUCAAUCAAUCAUCUCUCAGACAAGAUCUGAAUACAAACCAUGGUGCUUGUUAUAAGAGUCCUGUAAGGUCAUCGAGGCUGAUAAUAAAGAAAAGCCAAGCUGCUUGCAGUUGCCAGAGACCAAUGGACCGAAAAAAUAUGCCACCAUCGGCUAUCAAGAAUUCGCAAAUAUUAUUGGCCCGGCGAGCUGAUGGAGGAUGCAAAUGCCUGGAUCGAUUGACCCAGGCUCUGCUCGGUGAUCGGAAAGAUAUAGGCAAAGAAAAUUUAAUUGCUUCAGCAAACAGUUGAGGGAAUACUCGGUUAAAAAAUAUUUUUGCUCCCUAGUUCUGAUAUUCCUACGUAAUUUAAAAGUGGGCUGCCACAACAUUAAUCAUGCCAUGUGAAUCCUAAUUCCGGCAGCACUGUUUGACAAUAAUGCCAUCAAGGGUUUCAAAUGAAAACCCGAUGAUACGUGAUCAGUAAAAUUGGGUGAAAAGUUCCUAUCGUAAUUAUUUUGAUU